ACAACCGGCAAGCCAAUCGCCCGAUCUCUCUCUCUCUCUCUCUCUCUCAGCAUUGCAAAGAUAGAGACCAAUCGGAAGCGAAAGAAAACCUCGAUCCCGUCAGUAGAUCGGACGUUGGACAGGUAUCAAUACAAGAAGAAGAGGAGAAUGUCGGCUUCGACGACGACGGCCAAUCAGGUUAGGGCAUCGCACAUACUGAUCAAGCACCAAGGGUCUCGAAGGAAGGCCUCGUGGAAGGAUCCAGAGGGGCAGGUUAUCAUGAAUACCACUAGGGAGAGCGCCGUUUCUCAGCUAAAAUCCCUCUACGAUGACAUUGUUUCCGGAAAGGCCAAGUUCGAAGACAUCGCCUCUCGCUCCUCCGAUUGCAGUUCGGCCAAGCGUGGCGGCGAUCUCGGUCCUUUUGGCCGGGGCCAGAUGCAGAAGCCUUUUGAAGAAGCAGCAUAUGCUCUCAAGGUCGGUGAGAUAAGUGACAUUGUGGAUACCGACAGUGGUGUCCACAUCAUUAAGAGAACUGGUUGAUUAUUCAUGAAGAGACAUAUUUACGCAUAUUUAAAAACAUUAAUCAGUGUGCUGACCGAACAUAAUUGAUGUAUCUAUCUCAUUGUAUUUUGCUCCUAGUGAGAGCAACAUGAACCAUCUUAUGACUGAUGAUUUUGGUACUUAAAUGACUGGUCUGAUCAAUGUGCUUGGGAGGAUCA